AUGGAGAAUCCAGCACAGAACAAGAAAAAGGAGAAGGGAGGCAUGUAUGUAUUAAAUGUUAUUGAUGUAAGCAUCGGAGGAAUUGCUUUGAUUAUCCUUGGAAUCGUGGAAUUUUUGACUAUACAUUGGGUGUAUGGUACUGACAAAUUGUGUGAAGAUAUUGCUCUAAUGAUAGGAAAAGAACCCAGUUUAUUUUGGAGAAUUUGUUGGAAAUACAUUUCACCUGUCAUUCUAAUUUUUGUUUUAAUAAUGAGCCUAGUGGUGUAUGCUCCCAUCACCUAUACAUUUCCCUAUGCCGAAGAUGGUGUGUACGAAUAUCCCAGCUGGGUAAUGGUAAUCGAAUGGAGCUUUGUUGCAAUCCCAUUAGCCCUUAUUAUAAUAGGAUUCUUUUCCAACUUCAUCACGUUGACGGCGCUAAAGGAAGCCGCUCAACCAGCUUGGAACUGGGGACCAGCCGCCGAACAACGCAAACUGCACAGCGGGGACAUCAGUAGACAGUUCUUCACAAGUAACUCCGAAAUCAGCCUGUCAACAAUCGACACCGCGCUCAGUACGGAUAUGAAACAUGGAGUUAUAAACAGCAGCUUCGAUCCAACGCUAGAUAUUACCAUACCCUUUUAAAAUCUCUUGAUUAUACAUUGAUUGAAGUGCGCCACGCGAUCAGCGCUAGUAGGGUUUAGCGAUGUACAAACAGUCGCAAAAAUGUGACUUCUAAUUGCUCUUCGCAGAACGCAUUGAGUUUGCAACUGUGUGCAUCUACCCCAUAGCAAGUAUUAUUACGAGAUUUGGGUUUGGAAACUUUUUAAAUAUUCUUUAAGUUUUUAUUUUACAAUAUAUUUAUCUCAAUAACACAAAUAAUAGCCCUAUCCUUCUUAGAAAUAAAAUUUAACUAUGAUUGAAGCAAUGCCUAUUGUCGGUGCGGAUGAACUGCUUGAUGCACAUUGCGCGAUCCCGUAAUCUUCGUGGCGUCACCGGAUUUGAUCACAGCAAAGCUGCUGAUCAUAACAAAGUUGUAUUACCAGAUUGUAUAGAGCGCUGUUGUACCCAGAAGAGAGAGAAACGAUUUAAUUGUUUCUUCAGAUUUGCAGAAAGAUCUCGAGUGUAACUGGAAGUCAUGUUAAUACAGCUUGUCUACUAAAGUAUAGAAUAAGACACAAACAAGAACAUCCCACCACCACUCAACAUAACCUCCAUUACAUCUUUGUGUCACGUUACCGCUUAGUUAAUUAACCCCACUGGCGAAUGACAGAAAAGCGGAUUUUAAGUUGUUGUUUUUUGCUACUCUAAUAUAAGCCACAUGUGGCCUUCAAAUCGUGUAAAAUAACCACAGUUAAAUUGGAAAACGGUUGAUUAUACGUUUAGCCUGUU